UUAUUUCAUAUUUAUAUCUUCUUUAUUUAAAAACAAUACAAUGUUAGGCUAACAGUAUUAAUAAGCAUAUCACUGUAAACCAAUCGCAGUUAAUUUUUCAAAGGAAAGUUAUUAGGCAGCUAGGUUACAUGCAAUAUUAGGACAUGCACUUGUACAUUCAAUUAAUUUUAUCAUCAGCUAUGCAAAUGCCUCUAAAAAGGAAAGGACAGUAAACUGUUGUAUAUAUACACAUUCAGUUUCAAAGUGAAAGCGUUGUUACUUUCGCGCACGAACGACGUUUUCAGUUCUCCGGCACUUCAUUUGCUUAGCAUAAUGAUAGGAGGCCACCCGUAAACAGUCACUCAUAAACAGUCAUAGAUACAAGGUUGUGUCCCCAAGGGGUAUUCCUGAUUGCAAAACAUUGCAAUCAAAUGUGAUCCGCCAUGCAACCAGUUGUAAAAGGAUGAAAGAAGCUCGUCGACCAGUUUUGAUCUAAGAAGCUUCGUUCCAUCAAGUUCAGUCUCUUCCCAUUUUCUGAGAAACGCCCAGCUUAGGUUGUAUCUCCGAGAAUUUUUUUGUAAAUUUUUCGCCGAAUUAUUGAACCACAGUUGAUGGGCAAAAAGGCUGAAAUGUUUUCAUUUGUAUUCACCGUGUCUUACAGAAACCGUGGACGUGAACAUCACAAAGCAAGUUUUUGUAAGUUCUGUUUUGGAAUGUGCACAACUAUGUCGCGCUGAAAACUCUUGUGAAGUCUUUAAGCAUAGAGUUGGCAUUCAUGAAGGAAUCAACUGUCAAGUAACACAAGGCAAACCAGAGUAUUUGAAAAUAUCUGAGAAGAAUGCUGCUGAUGAGAAGUGGAGUUUCUACACGUUACAGAUAAUUGAAUCGGUGGGCAUGUUUUAAAUAAAUAUUGAAUAAGAUACACUUAAUUAAAAAGCUAUUUGUGCAUGUUCAUUAAAAACUAUUGACAGGUUGUUGACAAGUUCUUUUUUAACCUUGGAUGCGAUGAGAAAUUUUCAAAUGAAAUUUUUUUUUCUGGAUUGAGGAGUUUUUUAGUUUUCUUUUGUAGUAACACUGGCAUCAAUAAACAACUUAUGUUUUUGAGAAAAAGGGCUUAAAAUCGAAAAAGGUGUCCGGUUUAAAUGAAUAUAUGCAUGUAGAAUGACUGGAAUAAUGAGAAAGGCGUUUAUCACUACAAAACCGUCGUGUGAACUGCGGAAUAUUUUGAAGGUUAAGCCACGACUAUUAGCUAAUAACACGACUGCUAAUCGAGUGAAUAAUCUAGGGGAAUUUGGGAUGAUUCUGUGUGGUAUUUUCGUAGCAAUUCGUAGUACGUAUAAAGUAAAUGUAUGUUUCCAUUCCAGCCAAAAUGUGUCAAAGACAACUCGUGCAAUAGCGCUGGGCAAUGCUUAGCGGACAGUUGUGAGCCGGAGGGUUUCAAAUGCAAAUGCAAAGACAAUUAUUAUGGAAAAUAUUGCCAAUAUGAAAAAGGUAAUAGUAUCUUUUAUAAACAUUCCCCUUGGUCUUGUAAAAGGCUGGAAAGUCUGCUCUUGCCAACAAUUAUCAUCAUUGACAGCUUCGUAAAUAUGAACCAAAGUCCUUUUCCGUUUGUUCAGACGACUAUGACAUCGUUUUCCCCGACACUCCUGAAAGAAGCCCUAUUGAUCUGGGUAGAAUCAACGUGGAUUUCGACGAGUUUACAUUCACUGCGUGGAUCAAAUUUAAUCCAGGGUUUACUGUAUAUCCUUUGAUGUCGUAUACUUUCCAAAACUUAAACGAAACGAUUGCUCUCGCCUUCUUCGCGGACAAUUCAAGCAGAAACCGGUCAAUUAAAAGCUUUUCCGGAAACCUGUUUGGUAAUUCAAUAGGGUAAGUACUCUAGGAAAAGUUGAAAAUGGCUGCAAAGAUGGUUCUUCUUCCAGUGCAAAGUUGGGUGGCCAAGAAUUGAGGAAACGAUUAAUACCAUUGGCCAUUGCAUUAUCCUUUUUUAAGAAGUGAUCCUAUCUUUUCUGUAAUAUUUUAUUAGAACUUCAACCAUUCCUAUAAGUGACGGUUAUUGGCAUCACGUGGGCUUCACGUGGACCGGUGGCACAGGCGAAUGGAUGCUACUAAUCGAUGGCGUCCUAUGGGCACACAGGAAUGUUUUGAAAGGUAGAAAAAUACCCUCCGGCGGGAAUCUCAACAUUGGGAAAGUUACCCACGAGAACGUAAACUACACAUUGGUCGGAAAUGUAAGUCGAGUGAAUUUAUGGAGCGAGGCGAAAAAUGGCAGCGAAAUUGAGUUGAUUGCUAAAAGUCCUGGUUCGAAAGAAGGUGAUUUGAUCGCUUGGUUUAAAGUAAAAGACUUUGUUUCACAUCUAAGGGUCAUUCGUCCAUCAAACGCGUCUUUUUCAGGUGAAGGGUUGAACUACGAGAUUACCCUACCACUAUCAAGCCAGGUGAAUUAUCCAGGACCAACUAAACCAAUGACGUUUCUAACCAGCUGUUUGUGGGUCAAAGAUGGUGGGACAGGAGCCACACAAUUCUUUGCCUAUGAUACGACUAAUACGUUCAGCUUUCGCUACAUUUCAAGAGCCAAAUUAUCCUUCACUCUUAACAGCUAUUCUGGAGAAACGUAAGUAGAUGAACUCUGAACAACGGUAUUGUAAAAUAACAAACCCAUGGCAAACCAAGUGAUCUCGCUGUCAUAUUCAUGCAGUCAGCACUCAAAAAGGUUGUCCAAAUAGAAAUCUUUUGUUAUUCUUAGUUUAUGAAACUAUAGUUGAAAAUGUGCGAUUAUUUGGCCCACCACGCUCCUGAGGACACCUCUGAAAGUUUAUCCUUGUUGCCUUAUACUUUCCUUAGAUCUGUGUCCUGUAGCAGUUGGCAUUUCCUGUGCAUACAAUGGAAUGGAGGAGAAGGUUCGGUGAGUUUAUUUUAUGAUGGAUAUAAAAGAGGCGAUAGUUUCAAAGAUACGAAGCUCGUGACCGAAUUACCUGCGGGAAAAAGUUUCAUCCUUGGUUUGGGAGCCGAUAGUGCACUUCUGACACAACUUAAUGUCUGGGAACUAUGAAAUAACGACUACGAGCUUCUACCCCAUGUCCGCUGGUGGCUUUAAUAUACACGGAAAUAUAGUGUCUUGGGGCAGCUUAGCAAAGUAUCUACCAGGGACUAAAGUCGCAUGGAAUACGGCAGUAUAUAUCCCAGGUAGGGAAAAAAUAUAACGGAACACAGAAUCACCAAAUAUCAAACUAAACAUAGCUCUGGGAAAGAUGACUAGAAAGUAGCUAAUAUUGUCUGGCUUGUUUGACAUUUGAGAAUUACGAGAAAUGAGAUCUUCAGGUCUGUUAAACUUUAGAAAAAAUUAGGUGACAACUUUUGAGAAUUACCCGUACACAACUCAACAUAUCUAUCCUUUCUUCUACAGGCUUUACGGUUCUGGGUAAGAGAACAAAAUGGUGUAAUAGUCAUCAUCCCAACUCGGCCUGCCCAGGUGAACUGCUUGCGAGGUUUGGUGGUCAAAAAGAUGGCAAGGGCAUGUUUUGGCGCUGUUACUGCCCUUGGUCAUUGGCCGGAGCAAAAUACACCUACGACAUCAAUUCAGCGAGCUCAAAUUAUCAUAGUUGGCAUAAAGAGCUCCUCGCUAUCAACAAGUGAACUUGACUAUUCUGUUUUACAAGGAAAAUAAAACUAGAGAAACAGCACUAAAGUCCGGUUAAUUUCCUCUGUCGAAUUCCUGUGGUAACUGCAGUUGAAAAUUUGCAACGGGUAAUCCUAAGUUUGAGCAAGUUCUAUCGAAAAACUAGUAUCUUAGACUUAAUAUGGGGCGAUUAGAAUACUUAAAGAAUAGUUUCAGCACGGUUAUAAAUGUGUGUGUAAUCCAGGAAAUAAAUUAUAUAUUGCACAGAGAUUUUAGCGUUGUCAAAAUUUGGAUUACUGUCAAAGGUAUUCAACCACUAUCUUCCUCUCCUGUAUUGUGUUUUGCCCAGUCUUCCGGCGGAAUUCUGUACAGUUUUAGUCGCGUCACAGCCGAGGUAACAGCGGUAUAUUGCAAUGUUAUGUUUAAUUGUUGCUUGAUUUGCAUAUUUUAAUUCCUAAUACAAAUGUAAAUGUUUCGAAGAGACCUGAUGGUUUUAGCACGAAACAACAUUUCAACUUUGUAACCAUGUGAUGACUGUGUGAAAUAUUUCAUAUUCAUAUAACAUGGAACUGAUUGAAGAUUUCAUUGAUAUAACCUACGCGGUAAGAUCCAGCCAAACUAAUUUAUCUUUACCGGUAAACAUAACAAAUUCAGAGCUUAUAACAAAUGUAUUAGCAAAUGAGAGUCUACUCGCACUAUUGGCAAACAGAACUGGGCUGUCUGCAGAAUAUAUAAAUGAAACCAUAUUCAGUGUCUACGAGAGCGCACAGCACAUACAAGGCGUUUACGACUUUCUUAAUUCCUGGCAUGGCAAAGAAGACCAGCAGAAUACGACGACGAAUUCGUCGUCUCUAUGUGGCGGAAGAUUGGACAGCAAUAACCUGAUCAUAACUGCUUUCAUUCCUGCAAUAAUUAUUAUGAUCAUUUUAUCGUUUGUAAACACGAGAUUAUGGCGGAAAGGCUGUUGUAAUGGACGACCAGGUCUAGCAAUCCCAGUGAACUUGUUGGAUAGUUACGAAGAUAGAUUCACUUUCUCAUUUGCAUUUGCCGCGACAGCGUCACGUAUUGUCCAAGUUCUUCUCAACAAUGACUUUUCCGCUGUGUUGGGAGAAAGCGUUCACGAAGAACAAGAAAACACGGAGGGGUAUGUUAAAGCACUUUUAAGAAUUCUUGCUGCGUUUGUCAUUGGUGUGAGUUACUAUCCGUUUUUCGCUUGCAUCUCAACACACCAGCGGUUGCUUGGAGCUAUUAUGGGGACGAUAUAUUCAACCAUAUGGUUUCUGGCGUAUUUGUUUCAAAUAAUCGACUGCGUCAACGAACCUAACGCUACGUACACAGUUUUGGAGUCGGUAUUGCUGCAGGCCACAUCUAUAUUAUGUCACGGCUUAUUACUCCUGUCCUUCAUCCGUGUUUUAAUACGAUGCCUAAUCAGUAAAAGACGUGGUAUGGUCGUGUCCAAACAUGAAUGGAAAGAGAAUUACAAGUAUCACUACGUGAAGAAACUACUAAAACCUGUUCCGAAAAGCAACGGUACCAUGAUUGAUAUUAACAGCUUGAAACAAAAAAUUAGUGCAAAUGUUUAUCACUGGAGGCCAGAUUUCAAAUAUUCAACAAGAAUUGUCUGCAUUUAUGUUACCGGCUGUGCUUGUCUAUAUAUGGUUGCUGUUUCUUAUGCGAUUCUAAGUCGAUACCUAAAGAUUGCUAUAGAUUUAGUGGUAGAUGAAUUUGAGGCAGUCGAUACCAUAUCCGUAAGCCCAACCGGAAUAAAUUGGUCCAGAGUGAAAGAAGGUUUUCAUGUUACUAUCACUUGUUGGUUAGUUGCAAUAGCAGUGGCAGGUAUCAAAGACUUAGCAAUGAUGGGAAACAUGUUGUCCUGGUAUCGUGGUCACAUUCUUCGUCUACAGAGAGGAGACAGGAGUUUCCUUCCUUACAACAUGGACAAUCAGGAUCCUUUAACCACUAUGGUGUCAAGUUUCAAGUUUGCUGGUUAUCAAACAGGAUAUAUUAUAUGGAGUUUUGUUUUAACUCAUUUAGCUAUAUUUCUAAUAUUAACUGUAAUCGCCUUGGGGUUUAUUUGGCCGUUGACUUGGGGAUCAUUCAAGGAUGCGAUUAUUCCUUCACUUCUGGUAAACUUAUGGCCGACGAUACUGAUCACGUUGAUCACAAUAAUAACACAAAGACUACUGGCAAAGUAUGUUUUCCUGCGAGAUUACGGCGCAAUGCUAGCACUGAACAACAGGCGUCUUUUCCACAUCGUGUCGUAUUUUCUCUACUUUCUCAAUAUAUUUGUCGGUCUUUUUUCGUGUCUCAUCCGAAUAUUUUACGCCAUUUUUCUGGGAGCGUUGUUCCUCCCGAGACUACAGAAGAGCGCCUUGCCAAGGGACUGGGAAUUGUUUGAUCCAGGCUACAAGACAUACAUUGGCUAUCUAUUCUUGGAGCACACGCAUGCCAACCCAGUCCUUUUUACGUUCAACCGCGUCAUGCGGGAAGCCAUAGAAAGAACAGAUGAGUUUGAAGAUGAGACGAAUGAAACUGAUAUAGAAAAUGUAAAUAAAGCGCCACCACGAAGGGCAAAAAUCCGCUGGUUUCUCGCUGUGACUUUAAUUAAUAAUCCAAGUCUCCAGAGCUUGCGAAGACGAGAAGAGCAGAAGGACGAGAAGAAAGAGCCUGGUGCGAUUAAACAGUUUACUGCAAAAGUUGGGAAAAAGAUUGUUGAAAUACGAGAAAAUUGCGGACAAAAAAUCUACGAAUCAAAGCUGUGAGGGAUGAAUUUUUAAAUAUGAUAAACUUUAGAUUUCGAUUACAAAUGCACGAAAAACACGGACACUAGAGAAGAGAUGGAUGCCUUUUUAGCUGUUAGGCUCUGCUCAAGACUUCCCCGCGUGAUGAAUGACAAAAACUGAUCAGUUUAUCGAUCGAAAGCAAAAGCUUUCUGUUUUCUAUCUGUCUUUUAAGGGACGUUAGUUCGUAUUUUCUAAAUUUUUCUGACUGCUCAGUUGCAUGCAUUAUUCUGUGAAUAUUCUAAUAAGACACUGAGGCACAUGCGCUCGCUAUUUUUAAUAAUCAUGGAUCGGGUUCGCAGGCGACACAAACGAA